UUUGACAAGCAAUGUUGAGGCAUAAGUAUUCAAAAUGAUUCCCCGACUGAAACACGAAAACUGGUUUAGUAAUUUAUCGUACGUAAUUAAAGAACAUUCAAGUCUUUUUUUAGAAGCAGAAGACAUGUUCAACGUUCAUCUCUUUUAUCCCUUCUGGCUGCUUUUAUCUGAUCCACUGGUUUGAUGAUGACUAUGGAGUAGUGAUCUGAAAACAAGUUUCUGAUUGUCUUAUCUCUAUUAUUUUGUUCAUUUUUUCUGGCAUCUGAGGAUUUAAGUUUUCCUGCAAAGUACCAAAAAGAAAGAAAUUCUUGCUGGUUUUAGGUUUCUGAAAUAACCCAUACAAUGCUAUAAUUGUAUCAAAAUCUUCUUUCAAUCGAACAAGUUACUUUUACUGAAAACGAACAAGGAGUUGAUCAUGGAGAGCUUACAUAAAAGUGGUCAAAUUAAUGAUCAGCAUUAUAAUGCAUUUCUUCAUGAAUUAAAAAUUUUCCACCAAAACAGAGGAUCGCCUUUUCAUCACAUUCCUAAAAUUAGUGGCCGUGAAAUUAAUUUGCUUCAUUUUUACAAUGUAGUUACUGAGGCUGGAGGCUUUAAAGUAAUAACAGAGCAAAGAAAAUGGAAUGAUAUUGCCAGCAUCCUGAAAUUUCCGAGAGGUUGUGUGAAUAUUUCUCUGAGCCUUCGAAAGAUCUACAUUCGUUAUUUGAAACAUUAUGAAAAAAUACAUUUUCUGAGAAUACAGAAAAGUGAUAAUGUAAAAGCAGGAUCUCAAACCAAGAAAUUAAAAAUUUGUCAAAAUGUGCCAAUGGUUUAUGAUAUUGCGCAGCAUGAUAUUUCAGAUGCUUGUCGUUCGAGUUUUGGUCUUAAUGAAACCUUUGUUUCCCCUAAUCAUUACAUUAAAUUAUGCAUGUCUCUGCUUUGUGGGCUGCCAAAUGAGCAAGAAUUAGCUUUAAAUAUCUGCAUUUUGCUGUCCAGCAAAGAGAAUUUUAAUUUUGAUUUAAGUCAGUCACCGAAAUUGAUUGAUUUUCUUAUUGCCCAAUCAGGAAUUUGGAACUCAGAUGAUGCUGCAUUGAAGACACUGUACUUGGAAAGUUGGAGGGAUGUCAAAGGUCGAAAUAUGGCAUGGUUCUGGAGAAGUGUUCUUAAUAUUAGAAAUGAUCAAUUAGCCGAGUUUCUUGGUUCAGAUCUGAAUGAGCACAAUUCAGAUGAAUCGCUUCUAAAUAUUAGGCAAGGCAUCUGGUGUCCAUCUUUUGAAGGUGAACUAGUGUUUAAAAUUGCUGUCAUAAUAUAUAAUUUAUCAUUUGAAAAAAAAAAUAAGUCUGUGUUAGCUGAUAAUAAAAUUUUAUUAAGGUUUUUAUUGUUAUGUAUUCAUUCUUCAUGGGGAUCUUUGAAACAGACUGCAUAUGACACACUAGGAAAUAUAGCUGUUGAACUAAAAGUUUCUACUGAACAGGAUAUAUAUUCACGUGUUAUACUGCAAACUGUUAUCGAGGGUAUAAGCUCUGCUGACCGUUUUAUAGUUAUAAAAUCCAUGGAUAUCUUAUCUCAGCUGUGUUACUGCAUAGCAAAUGAAGAUGUUAUUACAUCUCUUUUAAAUGUAGAAGUAUAUGAACAGUUGUUACUGUACUUGACAGUACAUGAUAUAGUACUGCUAACUCACUCUCUGGAUGCUCUUUAUGCUUUGUCUGAUUUGGGAAAAUAUCCGUGCGACAAAAUAGCUAGUGGACAUCAUUUUGUUGCAACAUUAGUUAGUUUGCUGACAUGUGAAGCUGAUAAAUUUGAGCAAUCUGCAUACAUCAAUAUGAAAAUUAUCAAAACUCUAUAUCCUGUUGAAUCAGACUUAAAUAAGGAAGUGGCUUCAACCUCGACAAACUCAUUGAAGACGGGAUCUAGCACUACAGGUGGUUCUGAAAAUAUUACAUGCAAAUGGUUAACAGACAAAUAUGAGAAAAGCGAAAAUUUUUCAUGUUCGCAGGAGGAAAUGUUUUCACAGUAUGUCUCCUUUUGUCAGCAAUCGGAUAUCACACAAAAUGGUUUAAGUUCAUUCCACACUUACAUUAAAAGUGUAUUUCCUGAUUGUAAGUUAAAAGUGUACAGAUCUAAAAGUGGUGCUAAAAGUAAUCGGUAUUAUGGUCUUAAAAAGAAACCUUCUGCACAGUCUACUGUUUCCAAAACUUCAAAUGUUUCACAUUCAUUUUCAUCUCAUCAUGAGUCUGUUGUAGUUGAUAACCCAAUCAAUGAAAUGAAAGCACAAACCUUCCAUCAUUUUAAAUCAGUGUCAGAAAAUCAGAAGAAUAAAGCAAAUGGAGAAGGCAUAAAGACGUUGGAAGAGAAAAGUGAAAUCAGUUUAAGUCCUGCUCUUAGUUUGAAAUCUAUGCCUCCUGACCCUUAUAUUUGGAAGCAAAAUUCAACUCCAAAUACAAAAAUGGUUCAGAAAAAUGUUCCAGACUCCAUUUCGGUUUCAAAUAAAGAAAAACUACUUCCGUGCUCAAUAAAUAAAAGGAAAAUUUCUUUUACAGCAGAUACAGAGCAUGUUGAAAUAAAUAAAACUGCAAAAUAUGUUGAUUCUCCAGUUUCAACUCCAAUCACUUUUAUUUCACUGAAACAGAAACUGAUAUCUAAAAUUUCUGAAGAUGUCGCUCAAAAGUUCUAUAAUAAAACUAAUACAAAUCAAUCCAUUGCAUCUGCUGCAAAUGAUUCUGCAUCAGUUAACCACCAUUGUUCAAGCAACGUUAUUCCAACAGCAACAUGUUCUGUAGUCCCACUAAUUAAUUGCGUACCAAUUGAUUCAUUGAAUGGUAUCAAGUCACCAGUUCAAAAUAUCUCAAGCAUCCAGGAUCCUAAAUUGAGAGCUGAAAUUGAAAAAAUUAUAUUAGUAUCACAAAGUCCUGAAUCACUAUUGUCUAAAUCUAUAAAACCAUCUAAUGAAAUUUCUUUUGAUAAACACUAUUCAUUAAAUAGUUCUAAGAAUAACAUAGUGAGCAAGCAGUUGAUCUUUUCAAACAUUUCAUCACCUUCUGUCUUUCUAAGUUCUCCUGUUAAGCAAAAUAGCAAAGAAUUUUCUUCCGUUAGUGUAUUGGGACUGCAGUCUGAUACAAUAAUUUCAAAAUCUCCAUUGCUGUCCAGCAUUCUUAAUAAAGGAACUGAAUUAGUUGCAAGAAGUAAAUCAAAUACUGGGACUGAAAAUUGUUUGUCAUCAAAAGAUUCUAAUCUGAAAAUCAUCUCUAAUGUACAAGAAUCAACAUGUCUCAAAAUUGUUCCAGUUUCAUCUCUUAACACAACCUUUAAAAUUGCAUCCCAUAAUCUUGAAAAUGCUUCUUGUCUUUCCCAAAAUCCAGUUAUUGCUGCGUCAGCUACUCAAAAUUCUAUUGCUCCAAAUGCUUCAUCGUGUUUAGAUGUUUUACCUAUUGUGCCUAUUUGUAUUGAAAACUGUAACAAUAACGUAGCUUCAGCUGUAGCUUAUGAAAUAAUAUCAGAAAAAAAUAGUACUUCCAAUUUUCAGGUUCAAAAUCCAGAAGAUUCUGUUCAGAAAACUAGUUUUGUUUCAUUGCAAUCUUCUGCACAAGUAUUAAACAAUACAUCAUUAAAUAGUGUUGUGUCGAAUAAACAAGUAGAAAGCCAAUCUGCUGCUAUAAAACUUGUCCUGAAUAAUUUUUCUGAAGAAAAGGAAUUGAGUGGCUCACGUAUUUUACUGCCGUAUACUAGAUCUUCCAGUUCAAAGGAAAUGAAACAAGUUCCUAGUACAGUGUGCGAGAACAUGAAAUAUUCUUGCAAUUGGAGGGGCUGUGGGUUAAAAUUUUCUAAGAUUCCUUCAAUGUUCCUUCAUAUCAGCCAGGUUCAUGUUCCAGCAAGUGAUGAUGACAUGAUUUGCUUGUGGGAUGGCUGCGGUCCAAUGAAACGACCAAGAAUGUCAUUACUCACGCAUUUACAAGAUUGGCACUGCAAUGAGACAUCUCUGAACUCUCAAAGUAUUAAGAAACAACAAUUGCCACUUGGAAGAAAGACUGCAGCUCAUCCUCCUCCUAAUGCCGUCUACUCUUCCGAUGCAGCUAUCAUUGCCAUAAGACGCCGUGCUCUUCAAGAUAUUGAUCCAAACAAGCAGUCUGCAAGAAAGACAUCAUCAAAUGAGAAAGAGCAGGCUUUAGAAGAGAGCAUUCGUUUAACGAGUGCUUUGAUUUUGCGCAAUUUGGUUUCUUACAGCCCAAUGGCCAGGACUUACAUAAGAAGAUAUGAGUCGGAAUUAGUUCAUUUGGCCAUGUGUCAAAGUGAAUCAUCAACUAUUCUUGCUCAGUGCCUUUCAUACUUAACUUAAUUAUUCAGUCCUAAAUAAAUCGGCUCCUUUUCAUGUUUUUAAUGACCUUUUAUAUUUUCUGUGCAAUUUUUUAAUGAAUUCUCAUUUUCA